GUUCAUGCGCGGUGACUGUAGGUUAAAUGAACGCCCAGACUCGUUUCAAGGAUUUCAUGUGUUUAUGAGUACAUUAUUCACAUAAUAGACUAGAAAGGAAACGGAGUGGACGUUGGCGUCAAGAUGUCGGGUGAAGCAGGGUCUUCGGAUGGGGAUAAUAAAGUGAGUCGGGUCAUCCGGAUCGGAACACGCAAGAGCCAGUUGGCUCGCAUUCAGACGGAUAGUGUGGCAGAGAAGCUGAAAGAACUGUACCCGGACAUCCAGGUGGAAAUAAUUGGUAUGACAACAACAGGAGACAAAAUUCUGGACACAGCAUUAUCAAAGAUUGGAGAGAAGAGUCUGUUCACCAAAGAGCUGGAGAAUGCCUUGGAGAGAAACGAGGUUGAUCUGGUGGUCCACUCCCUCAAAGACCUUCCCACUACUUUGCCUCCAGGAUUCACGAUUGCAGCUGUGCUCAAGAGGGAAAACCCCUUUGAUGCCGUGGUCCUCCACCCGAAACAUGCUGGCAAGAGUCUGGACACCCUGCCAGAGAACAGCGUGAUUGGUACCAGCUCUCUGCGCCGUGCUGCUCAGCUUAAGAAAAGGUUUCCUCACCUGCAGUUCAAAGAUAUUCGUGGGAACUUAAACACCCGGCUAAAGAAGCUCGAUGAGAAGGAGGACUUUGCGGCCAUCAUACUUGCAGCCGCUGGUCUCAAGAGAAUGGGCUGGGAGAACCGCACCAGCCAGAUUCUUCUGCCGACAGACUGCAUGUAUGCAGUGGGACAGGGGGCUCUGGCUGUCGAGGCUCGCGCCAGAGAUGCAGACAUCCUCGACAUGCUGUCUGUCCUCCAUCACUCUGACACAGUGCUGCGCUGCAUUGCAGAAAGAGCCUUCCUCAGGCACCUGGAGGGAGGCUGCAGUGUUCCAGUGGCUGUUCACACUGAAAUAAAGGACGAGCAGGUAAGAACGCUCUACCUGACGGGGGCAGUGUAUAGCCUGGAUGGAUCUGAAAGUCUGAAGGAAACGAUGCAGACCAGCGUCACUGCUUCUGACAAGUUUCCAGAGGAGGUGGACGACUUGGUCCAGCGAGUGGGAGUCACAGCCAAGAAGAUCAGCGGUGAGGCUCAGGACCGGGCGGAGCAGCUGGGAGUGGACCUGGCCAAAUUGCUGCUGAGUAAAGGAGCAAAGGAAAUUCUGACAGUGGCCCGGCAGCUCAACGAUGCCAGAUAACGGGCUCCCGCUGAAGAGCAGGGACAGUGGUGUGGGGCCUGACAUAGUAAAGGUGCAGGCCCACACUUGGACGUCAUGAUCAUCAACGCUAACGUCUCUGACUGACGACAGUGUCGUGCACUUGUAAUGACAUUAAUAUUCAGCACUGAGACUGUUUUCAUCUGUGCCAAAGAUGUCUUAAAUCCACCAACCUCUGGUGACACACUGUCCAGUACGCUCUCAAGUUCCCUGCACAACUGAUUGUCUGGUCCACUCUGCCGACAGCUAGCCGACAUUAUUUUUAUCCAACCACCGCAAAGAUUCGAGUGAUUAAAUUAUUGACAUGGUUCCCUCAAGUCUGGCUGCUGGGAUCCAUGGCCUUGUGCUGCACCUGCAUUAGUUGUGAACUUCCAAAGCUGAAAGUGCCUCCUGGGACCAAGAGGGAAUAUUAGAACUUUAGGAAGUGAAACAGAACCUGUCGCACUGUUGCCACAAACGCCUGGGAGAGACAUCUGCAGACUCAUGUGCCUUCUAGGAUGAGACCAAGUCAGACUGAGCCUUUUAACUUUUUCAGGUUUAAGUGUUAACUAGUCAGUGAAAUCAGCAGAGUGACCUUAUCACAAAUCAGUUUUUAUUCAAGGUUUUUUAUCAGGAUCAUCUCUUUACAUGCCUUACAUAGAAGUUACAAACUUGUUUCUCAGCUUGAAUGUCUGUAUUGAUUCAAAGGUUUUAUACAAUGAGAGCACAGUGCUGGUGAAUCACCACGCUUCGCGCCUCUCCCUUCGGAACAUCCUGUCUGAUAGAACCACUCCUGCGAAGAAAGAAAUGCCAAUAAAGAUGAGCUCUAUAUUGCAUUUUUUUUCCCUUCAUCAAUUAUGUAACCAGUAGCCAGUGAACACCCUGGCCACUAGUUAGUGACUGUCUUUACUGCAUUCGAGUUUGGUCAGUUCUAAAAUGAAAAACAUUUCACUUGUUGCUGCAGGCCAGUUGGCGUUACAACAGUAAAAAAAUGUUUUUUAAUAUAGCAAGCUCGAAGUCUUGAGUCGGUCUUGGGUUAAGUGGGCUUG